UAAUACGUUGGAGUUAUGUACUACAUUGAUCACUUAUGUGUACAUGGUCUCAGGUUAGAGCUCCUUUUGGUGCUUUGAAAGGGGCAUAUAUGUUGGAUUUUUGGUGGUAUAUUUGCAGUUUGUUGUUUGGAGAUUACAAUUGCAAGAAACUUGAAUGGAUCCAAGACCAUCUUUUGUGUGCAUAUUCAUGGAGGAUAUCCUUGCUCUAAUGGCUUCAUAAAGAAAUCGAACCAUACAGCCCCUUAAAAGAGAGCAAUAGCGAGAGAGGUGGAGAUGCAAACCCCAGUGUCUUGUAAAAACAAAGAAGCAAACCAACAACAAAAGCCUCUGAGUUCUCCAUCCCCAUCUCCAUCACCACUGCGUCAAUGGAGGCCAGCAGCCCAGAAGAACCUGAGGAACCAAUGGUCCAAGCUCUCCUCUUCAAACAACAGCUGGUUUUCCGCCGCCUCCCAAGCCCGUUCUCACGCCACCUCUCUCGUCAAUGUCUACCUCUCUCAAAGAUACUUGCGUGAUAUGGAUUUGGGUGCUUUGAUGGACAUGCCAAGUAUUCGACAGCAUACCGAAGAGAAACUUGCAAAGAGGCAGGUGAUUUACCACAGCAAGCUUUUAUCAUCUUACAGGGACAUGGCAUCUUCUGUUGCUCACAUGGUCCAAUCAUCUAGCUCGUUGCGGUGUUUUUUUAAAGCUUCUAGUGUCAGUUCCUUUGUACAAUUUUGUAAUCAUCCAGAGGAUGCUAGUGAUCCUGGCGAUGGUGGAGGGGUUCCUGUAUUUUCAUUCCUCUCAAUCUCAAAUUUUGAGAAUCUGGCACAAGAGCUCAUUGAGAUGUUUCUGUUAGAGCUGAACUUGAAGCGGUUACUUGUUGUUGAGCUACUUAGUUCUAUCUAUAAAGAAGGCGAUGAAGGAGCUAAUCUAUUGGGUUGGUGUUACGAGCUUUAUCCUGGUGAAUUUGAUGAUUUGAGAAUGAUCAAUAUGUUUAGCAGCGAAAAUAAUGAGCCACUACCUCCACGAAUAAAGGACUGGCAAUCAGGUGACCCUUCAACUCACCAAUCUAAAUGUCCUCGGAAUCAUGAUGUUUUGCAGGUGUACUUGACCGCAUGGCUUGCUGAUGUGAAUAUUGACAUGAACAGGAUGCGUGAAAUAUUUUCUAUUGUUGAGGACGAAAUACAAGUCAAACUUUCAUAAAGGCCGUAUGCGAUUUACCUAAGAGGUAAUAGUUAAAACAUGACUGUUGAUGUGGAUGUCUAUUUGUGUGGCUAUUGGUUGCAAGAACCUUCACAUCUGCAUAUGAAGUCAGUAACGUGAUAUAUGGCAAAGAUCUCGCGCCACAAGUGAAACUGGGUUAUUGCACAUCAAUAUGUUUUCUGGUCAUCUUCUUCUCCCAAUUAGCAAUUUCAGAAAUUCGGCAAGAAUAAAAAGGAAAAGGAAAACUGAGAUUGUUUAUCUGUUCUCUGAGGUGCUUUCUUCGUGGAGUAGAAUGUGUCAGUAGCUAGGUCAUGGCCAUGGCUAAGGCAGAUGGCUCGAGAUGGUGCAUGGCCAUUGGGAUGACAGAAGACGAAGAUGUGGUUGGCUGAAGUUCUCGCCAUUUUCCCAUGAGCUUCUUGUGUUUGUUCAGCCGUUCUUUCUUGACUUUGUGCAACUAUUGUUGUAUUUGUCUUAAACCUUUCCUGGUCUCUCGCGAAUUAUUCAGGUAAAACAUGGAAAUUGGUUACGAAAUUGUGGAUGGUGAUGUUUACUUACAGAUGUAUUACCGAGAGGCUCUCGCUGCAGAUCUUUGUCGUCGCUGGGGCUUUUUUGUUUUCUCCUUGCGCUGAGAUUGAACUUCUCUCUUCGGAGCCUUUGAACUUAACAUUAGGACUUUCCUCUUCCGAGCCUUUGAGCUUAACAUUUGAUGACGGAUGAGAUUGCACGUUUCUCAGUGUGUGUUGACUCCGGAGGUUGUGUUUUCCCAUGCAAUUCAAUUAUUUGUACCAACUUCUUCUGAA